AUGGGGAAGAAGGAGAAUGCUCACAAAACGCUUGAGGAACAUUUCGGGGAGAGGCGUGUGGAAGAGAUGGGGAAAUGGGUGAGGAAGGAGUUCCGAGUGAGUGGGAGCAGUUGGGACACGAGUUCGGUGGAUAUUGCUGUUUCGGGUCUCGGUUGGUUCGCGGUAGGACUCAAAGGAGACGCGGUUUUAGGCGUAUGGACUCACGAAGGGAUCGAUGUAGUCGUCCGUGACUCAUUGCUCCCACAACGAGCACUCACUUUUGAAGAGGACUCUGGCUUCACCGUCUCCAAGAUCGUUGCCGAAGCUGAUAGAGCUUUUAACCAAAACAGUUGCAAUGCUGAUGUCGAAGCCACGAUGAACUUCCGACCGCUUCUGGUUUCCUCUCAUCUUUUGAAGAUCACUGCUCCGGCUAGGCUCUGGAGGACCUGUACUUUUCCGGCGCCGGUGGCCCCUGUUUCUGCUGAGAAGCCGAAGAGACGUUUUUCUUCUUCACCUGAACCUCUUGGUGGUGCAAUUGGAAGGACUACAAUCUCCGACAUUGCUGCUAUGGUCUCUCCCGCCGUCGUCCAUAUCCACGUUCCGCAAGACAUUUACGGUGGUCCUGAUGAAUCCAGCGCUAGCGGGAUGUGUAUUGACAACGUGGGCACUAUACUAACCUGUGCUCACGUUGUUCUUAACCCAAACGGAAAGUAUAUUAAAAAGGAUACGUACCCACCUUCUGGAUAUAAGGUAUCUGUUACCUUUGCAGAUGGUAAACAAUUCAAUGGAAUGGUGAAGAAAUAUGAUUUCGAUGCAGAUCUGGCUAUUGUCAGUAUUGGUGAGCCUUCACAGGAUUUUCCUAGUGUUGUGCUUGGUACAUCAAGAGAUGUUCGUCAGGGAGACUUCACAGUGGCUAUCGGUUCUCCUCUCGUUCUGCCCAGAUCCGUUACUUUUGGUAUAAUGAGCUGUAUCGAUCGGACAAAACAGGAAAUGUUAUUCUGGGGAGGAUUGGAUAGGCUCUAUUUUCAAACAGAUUGUUAUACCAACAAGGGUAGCUCAGGUUGUCCACUCGUUGAUCUUGAUGGGAAAGUUGUUGCUAUCCAUUUUCGGUCGCUAAUUAAUAGCAAGAAUCUGCAUGAAGCUGGUUGUGGAUUCGGUAUUCCAAUCGAUGAUGCCAAAAGUUUCAUCGGUGACUAUUAUAUGUGA